AUGAAUAAAUUUGAAAUAGAAUCUUGUGUGAAAUGGAUUGAAGAUAAUAAUUUUCAUACUAUUGCUUUACAAGUGCCUGAUGACGAUCUUGAUAAAAUACAAGAUUUGAUAGACCUAUUAACAUCAUCGAUUCAUGAUAGACAAAUAGAAAUAUUUCUUGUUGGUGACGGAUGUUCACCAUGUUGUAAUGAUUUAUUAAAUGCACAAUAUUGUAAUGCACAAGGUUUAAUUCAUUUUGGACACUCAUGCCUUUCAUCAUCUAGUGACGAUAAUCAACAAACAACACCUAUAUUCUAUGUAUUCUAUCAGCAAUCAUUACCCGACGAUGCAUCAAAUUUUCUUUUAACAAAUCAAGAUAACAGCAAACCUUAUUGUCUUGUUUUUUAUGAUCCAUGCUUUCGUGAUGCCAUUGAACAACACACGCCAUCGUCUCGUUUCAUAUUCUCUAAAAUCAGUUCACCGCAUUCUACUGAUCCUCUACAUUUCUCACUGUAUGGUCGUUCAGUAAAUAUACCUGUCCCACUUGAUCCAUCGAAUUAUUCCAUCGUUUUCAUUUCUCAUUCAAAAGCUUCAUUGCACAAUUUCACUCUUCAUUUCUAUGCUUACGAUUUUCGUUCGUUUCCAUCCGAUAGUUCCAUAUCAGCUAAAAAACUAUUAAGUAAACGUAUGUAUGCAAUAGAAUGCGCUCGAAAUGCUUCGUCAUUUGGUUUACUCACAUCAUCGAAUUCUCUAUUGAAUCUUCCAACAACUAUUCUUACACUGCUUGACCAUAUAAAAAAAUUAUUUGAUCAACACAAUCGUCAAUAUUAUACGUAUCUAAUGAAUACAUUAUCAAUCGCAAAAAUGAAUAAUUUCGAACGUACUGUUGAUGUUUAUGUUCUCUGUUCAUCGUGUACAGAAAGCAUAUGGCUGUCACCUGACUAUAAACAAUUUAAUAUACCAUUAAUUAGUAUUAACGAUAUUCUACAUGCAUUUGCAAAAGAUGAUGAUAGUUUAUCAUUAAAUUAUCUGUUUGAUUUAAGACAAAUUUUGAAGACUCUGAAGCCAAUUGAUGAAAAUGAAAAAAAUGAAAACGAAGAAAAUAAUGCAUUAAUACUUAAGAAUCCAAAUGCGCUUCUAUUGCAACAACGAGAUGGAGCGAAUCGAGGUCUUGAUGGUAGUCAUGCUUGGUGGGGUCUACAAAUAACAGAAAAUAUAAAUGAAGAGCAAAUAAAUCAGCCUAUAUCAGAACUUAAAGAAGGAAAAUCUGGUAUAGCAGCUGGUUAUACUAAUGAGAAAUUUUAA